AUGGAUUGUCUCAAGAACCCCAAUUCCCUUAAUCCUUUGAACCUAGACCUAGCAAUGUCCAACUAUAAUGCCGAUCUCGAAAGACAAGAAGGUGAGAGAAAUUCACUACCAGUGAGUGGCUCCGGUGGGUCCGAUACCGAAGUCGGAAAGGACAUUACCAAUAUUAAGUCCGACUCAAACUUUGUGUAUAUGGGUGAUAGAAAGUACUUGAAGUCAGAGUUGAGACAUGCUUUUGGUGGUACUUUGAACCCUGGAGGAGCUCCUUCUCCAAGUAACCAUUUUGCCAAUCCUGCUCCUUUGGGCCUAAGUGCCUUUGCCUUGACUACUUUUGUUUUGUCAUUGGUUAAUUGUCAGGCAAGAAGUGUCACUGAGCCGAAUAUUGUUAUAGGCCUUGCUGUUUUCUAUGGUGGUUUGAUUCAGCUAUUAGCUGGAAUGUGGGAAAUUUCUCUUGAAAACACCUUCGGUGGUCUAGCGCUUUCUUCAUAUGGAGGAUUUUGGAUGAGUUAUGCAGCAAUUUUCAUACCUUGGUUUAACAUCGCUGGUGCCUAUGAAACUGCAAAGGAAUUGGAGAAUGCAGUGGGCUUUUAUCUCGUUGCAUGGACAAUCUUCACCUACGGAUUGUGCUCAUGCACGCUUAAAUCUACCCUCAUGUUCUUUUCUCUAUUCUUCAUGCUAGGAAAUACCUUCCUUUUGUUAACAAUUGGCGCUUUCGCUGAGUCCAAGAAUGUUACAAAGGCUGGAGGUGUCCUUGGUGUUAUAACAGCAUUUAUUGCAUGGUAUAACGCUUAUGCUGGUUUGGCCACAAAAAGUAACUCCUAUCUUACUGUUAAGGGAUUACAGAUACCUGUUUGGGGUACCAAAAGGGAAUAG